AUGUCAGCUUUAUUAACAGCGGAUUGGUUUCAUCUAGAUUCCUAUUACAGGAAAUUUGAUUUGUAUAACAUGGUAUGGUCGAUGGAUGAAGGCCUCGGCAACAUGAUUGUCAGCGGAGCACAGUAUGGUGGACCUAUCGCUGUUGUUAGAGACAGAAAACAGUUUGUAAGGAUUGUGACAACAGCUAAGCCAGUAAUCACUAUAUAUAACUGUGUCGGGAACAUUAUAUCAAAGAUUCUGUGGAAUAACGGGGUUUUAAUACACAUGGGCUGGUCCGAUGGUGAACAGCUUCUAUGUAUUCAAGAAAGUGGAGAUGUUUUGAUAUAUGAUAUGUUUGGAGCAUAUCAAAAAACAUUCAGUUUAGGACAAGAAGUUAGAGAUACAAAGGUCUGUAAAGCCCAGUUAUUUUCAAGUCCACAUGGUAAAGGUCUCGCUGUCAUAACAACAACAAACCGGAUAUUCCUAUUGAGCAAUGUAUCAGAACCUAAAAUAAGAACUGUGCCUGAAAUACCUAGAGCAAAUGAACCAAUCAGCUGUUGGUGUGUUAUCAGCUCCGAUCCACGAGUUUCUCCAAAUAUUGCUGUCCUUAUAUGUAGGGAUAAGGAAGUAUAUAGAUGUCAGCUCGGAGAAUCAAGACCUAUACUUAUGCGACCAGAUAUAACAAUUGCGUUCUCCCUAAUUCUAACAAUAGUGCCAUCAGAUAAUGGUCGUCAUGUGGCAUUGUUCACUGAUUCUGGAUUUCUGUGGCUGGGAUCAUCAGAUUUCAAGAGUAAAUACUGUGAGAUUGACACAGAAUACAUAAAACAACCAAAAGAACUGCUCUGGUGUGGAUCCCAAGCGGUGAUAGCACAUUGGGAUGACACAAUGUGUAUUUACGGCCUUAAUGGUACAUCAGUAAAGUACCCCUACGACGGACCCUUCCACCUCAUACAAGAGAGCGACUGUGUGAGAGUUAUAUCGGAAAUGACACACGAGUUGAUACAGAAAGUACCAGUGGUAGUGGAAAAGAUAUUCAGAAUCAACAGCACAGCGCCCGGAUCGUAUCUGGUUGAAGCUUCGAAACAAUUUCAGCGUCGGAGUCAUCGCGCCGAUGAGUACAUUCGUUUGGUGAAGCCAGAUCUUGCCGCUGCUGUCCAAGACUGUAUAGACGCCUCUACCUUCGAAUUCGACCCUGAUGUCCAAAAAAUGUUGAUUCGGGCCGCACAGUUUGGUAAAGGAUUCAUCAGUGACCCGGUUCUGACCGAGCAUUACGUGGAUACAUGUCGUUGGCUGAGAGUACUGAAUGCUCUACGUGGGAUUAGAGUGGGGAUACCCUUGACGUACUUGCAAGCCCAACAUCUUGGGAAACAUAUUUUAUUGGAUAGAUUAAUAUGGCGCCGCUUGCACUGUCUCGCUGAACAUAUAGCGUCAUAUCUGCAACUUAAAGACGGACAGACAAGGGUUUUAUCACACUGGGCCUGCUAUAAGGUAACUCAACCCAACUUGGACAACGAGAGUGCUGCGAGGGAAAUAGGAGAGAAAUUGAGAAAUAUUCCCGGAAUAUCUUAUUCAACCAUCGCUAUGAAGGCUGCGGAGAAAGGACGGAAAGCGUUAGCCAUUAAAAUCUUAGAGUACGAAACCCGUAGUUCGCUCCAGGUGCCCUUACUAGUGUCACUUGGCGAAGGUUCUUCUGCUCUCAUGAAGGCCACAGCCAGCGGUAACACUGACCUCGUGUACACCGUACUACUACAUCUCAAGGAAAAGAUGGGCAAACAUGAGUUUGAACUAACGAUAGUGAACUUCAAAUUAGCCCACUCCCUGUACAUAAAGUACUGCGCGAGUCACAACAGAGAGGCUUUGAGGAAGGUUUACGUGCAAGAAGACGAUUUCCACGGACAAGCGACUACACACGUGAGGGACGCUAUCGAACAGAGCAAUCCCGGGAGUGUUGAAGCGUCCCUGAUAUCAGCCCGGGAAUGUUACAGGAAGGGGAGAAAUGAUCUCGGAGUUUCGAUAUGUGAAGAGGCUCGUAAGCUUUGCAAGCAACAAUCAAGUCUACAAGAGACGUAUGGAGAGAGUUUCGUUGGACUCUCACUUCACGACACCGUGAAGAAACUUCUAGAACAGGGGGAAAUAAAAUUGGCUGAUAAACUGAGAUCAGAAUACAGGAUGCCGGAUAAAAGGUACUGGUGGCUGAGAAUAUUGGUGAUGGCUGACAGCUAUAAGUGGGACGAUUUAGAAAAGUUCUCCAAAUCAAAGAAGUCGCCGUGCGGCUAUGAACCGUUUGUGGACGCUUGUCUCAAGUACGGGAAGAACGAUGAGGCGUUGAAAUAUCUACCGAAAUGCAGAGACGAUAUUAAAGUCAAAUAUUACGUGAAAGCCGAGUUCUAUGAAGAAGCAGCGCAAGUAGCAUUCGAACAAAAGGACGAGAGCGCGCUCUUGUUCGUACAAAAUAAAUGUCCAGUGAGAGAGUCAACCAAACAUGCAAAAAUAAUGGCGCUCCUUGAACAACUAUCUGAUAAAAAAUAA